CGUGUUGUCCGUCCUGCGCCUGGCUCUCUUUACGAUAUCAUGCACGAUCACUGUGGCGAGUCGCUAUUUAUCACCCCAAUCUGUUGGACAGAUGCACACGCCCGAUUGCUCGGCGUCAACUUUGUCGAUUGCGAUCCCGUACAGAACCCCGUUCCCGACCUCAGCUCCAUGUCUCAGCUGCCGCUCCGCCCAAGUAGGAUUGCGACGGAGCUCAGCAAGGAUCUCACUGCUAUUCUCAGCCCCAAACUCGGCUGCUUCACUGCGCAUUCCGUCAAACGGGUUCUGCGCACCUUCUUCCCCGCCACCUUGUCCAAGGCGAAAAGCAACGUGGAUCUCGAAUGCCGUUUUGGCGAUCACACUCUGAAGCGCGCUGUGCGUGUCACCGUCUUAUGGCAGCAAUCCGACAGCCUUGAUGCCUCGUUUGACAACAACAACGACAGCCGGAUCAGGGACUGGAGGAGGUACUCCUCUUCCUCUGGCCAACAACUGAGCCGGCCUGUGCUCGCCUUUGUCAACAGAACGCACUUGACUAUGGUGCGCCACAACCUGUACCGUGUCGUACCUGGACCGGCAAAUGGCGAUCAGAUGAACACCCCGGUUCUCAACCUCCAACGACUGCGGUCGAAGAAACUGGUGCCCGAGAAUGGUGACCACGACUCCUACCUGGUCGCCAUUAUGCUCGCCAUAGCACAAUCACAGUGUUAUGCGCAGGGCACCACCGCGUCGUCGUCCCGGGCCUCCUCACAGAAGUCGUCGCAGGGAUCUACGAUUUCUGCAGACAGCGUACAGCCACGGCCCGUCUUCAGAGACGUACCCGUCAGGAUCCUAUCGCAGGAUAGCAGCGCCGCAGCGUUCGUUGUUUACAGCACAGUUGUGACAGCCGCCUUCCUCGAGCGCUUUGCCGAGCCAACCAAGGCACCCAGCGCUGAUGCUCUUCACAACGGCGGCCUCAAGGUGGAGGUCACAAGAGUGCCUAUCUGGCCUGUUUUAGGCCUCAAGGAGAGACUUGCUCAAGCCCUCGGCGCAGAGCUU